AUGAACGCGACAAAAUGGAGAAUCUCAAAGGCUUGCCAAGAAUGUCGCGCCAAGAAGAUUAAAUGCAAUGGCGAGACGCCCUGCCAGAACUGCCGAAUGAGAAAUCUCAGUUGCGUCUAUCGCGAAAAGGCCCGUAAUCGGACGCGAAAGGUCAAACCGCGAACUGCCGCCUAUGAGACAAUCAUGUCUCACGAUGCAAUGGAGAGCACUUCACUAGAAGCAUCCGACGAAGGGACAGUUCCGCCUACGCCGAGCGCUGAUGAUGCUUCUAUCGGACCAUCUGGCUCAGUAAUGGACAGUGAGCGCAGUACCGGUAUAACUCACAAUGCCGUCGCUGCAACACAUCGCGCAUCCCCGUCAUGUUUCCUCCAGCUUUAUUAUGGACCUUCAUCCAAUUUCGCUCUCCUCAAUUCUAUCUACCACCAAAUAGCAGGAACAUCUCCGAACGAUCCUUCGUCGCGCUCUGGUAUUGUCGAAGAGGGUGGUCCAGGUCUAGACCUUUUCAGUCACCGAAGAUUGUUCUUUGGGGAUUUGGCAGAUAACCAACGACCAUCGUUACUCCCCGAUGACGGCUCAGCCCUGCUUAUUGAUCCCGAAACAGCCCAUCGGUUACUCGAGAGAUAUCUUUUGACCUACUGGCAUGGCCUGCCCGUUAUGAGUAAAGACGACUAUCGUCGUCGUUUAGACGCGUUGUUUCAGCCGCCAGGAAUCUUUGAUUAUGAUGCGCCCGAGACAAUCAUCAUCAUGCUUGCAGUUGGCCUAGGGGCCUCUAUGACAGGUGAAGAAGCCAUUGCAGAAUUUAUUUUCCAAAAAACAAAGCAGGGCGCCGCGAAAUUGGACGAAGUUGUCAACAUGCAAGUCGUCCAAAUACACCUUUUGAUGAUAACUGCUGGCCUACACAAAGAUGGGUGCAUGCGCCCUGGAUAUACAGAGGAUGACACAAAUCAAAGAAGCAUCACCUUUUGGAGUGUAUUCUUCUGGGAAACAUGGCAAUGUCUUGUUCUUGGUCGCCAUAGCUCGAUUCCUGACCCCGGCCCAGUCAUUCCGUUGCCGAAAGAUCAAAAACUACUCAGAUCCUUGGUCACGUUAUCACGCAUCAUGGAUAAGUGUGUCAAGCGUAUAUACAGUCCACGGCAUGACUCGUUAUUGCCUGUGUGGAAUGCAGCUGUCGAGAUUCGUCGCGAAUUACAUCAGUUUGCAGAGCAGCAACUCAAGGAUAUGAAGUUUGGCCUCGUUGGCGAUCCGAGUACUGGAGAGCUUGGUGUGUGUCAAGCUAUGGUGUCAACUAUGUACCAUCACACCCUACUACUAACAUUCCGCCCAUUCCUGAUAUUAAGAGCCAAGCUCAACCGUGAUCGAGCGUCUGCUACAUCUGCCGAUAAGUUGCAAUUACCUCCACCUUGGCUUGACAGCGCCUGCGAAUACUGUCUAGAAGCGGCGAGAAACUCAGUUGGAUUCCUGACAGGCUCUUGUGCCACAAACAUUCUUUGCCGUGACAUUAAAUACCAUGGCUUCUUCAUCGAGGGAGCUUGCUACGCUUUGGCUUUUGACAUGCUCCAGGAGAAGAAAACCGCCCAUCGCAACUUGCCUUGGAUUCAUUCAGGUCUCAGAUGCUUGCGUUCUAUGAUGGGAUCAGCCGGAAUCAACGCAGGCCAACUGCCAAUUACGAUUGCCUCAAUCGAGCAGAUGGUUCGCUCUGCCGGCUUUGAAAUGAAAGACCCUGUCAACCAGACACAGCAGUAUCAGCAACAACUUCCAAGGUCGACACUUCCCGGCUCGCCGGCUCCUACUAAUGUGGCAGGCAUGGGGAGCGAGCCAGCAUUUACCUUUCCUUCUAUGCCAUUUGGCUUCGACACGACGGGUCAGCUGAAUGGUGCAUCACCGGCGGGUGCUAGACCAGAAGAUAUGGCAGAUUUUACAGCUGCUGAUGUUGGCUGGGAUAUUGAUUUCGGAUCAAUGAACAUGGAUGCGUUUUUGUCUCUUGAUUCGGCAGAGGCUUUCAAUUUUGCGCCUUGA